AUGGACUGUCACAAUCCCCUUCAGAUCGAGACAUACGACUCUUGGCCCGUCUUCCCUUGUGAGUUAGACCACAACCACCUGAGUGGCAAUGCGGAUCCUGUCUUGGGCCGCAUCAACGAUCCGCGCAGCGGCACCUCGAACCGGCUCACAUAUGAAGACCUUGGGCUUUUCGACCCGGACACAAUGGAGACGAUUCUGAUGGGUGUGGUCGAGUCACAUCACGAGAAGAGCAAUCCAACAAGUCUUGCCGCCUGCCCUGAUAGUAUGAACACAACGGUGACUCGACCACCGCUUGCAAAGAUAGGAAUCAAGGCCCCCUCUGAUCAUGGACCGCCUUUGCCGGAGAUGGUGGGGGACAUUUCAGGAGAACGUCGGCGGGCUCAAAACCGUGCUGCUCAACGCGCACACCGGGAUCGCCAGAAACGCUAUGUCGCUCAACUCGAGAAGAGAUUCUUCGCCCUCCAGGCAAACUACAUCCAUUUGGACGAAAGGUACAAGACCGUGCAGAAGGAGUACGAGGCCUUGGUCAGCUUUGUGCGAUCUCAACCGACACCGACAGAAUCGCCCCUUCUGGGGACAGUCGCUGAACCUACCCUGACUUUUUCCUUCCCCGACCUGCAACGGCGUAGCGAGUUCUCAUUGUGCGAGCAAGAGCUCGAUCGUGUUGCUGGCACUUCGAUUUGA